UCAUGGGGCCCCCGGGCAAUAGGGGAUCAUGGGCCCCUGUGUCCUUGCCCAAACUCAAAAAAGCCUAUGAAAAAGGUACCAGGGGCAUCUCAUGGGGCCCCCUACUGACCUGGGCCCUCGGGCAGUGCCCGAGUUUCCAAAUGGUCAGUCCGCCCCUGUGUGCAGUGCAACAAUGUAAAAAAAAGUGUAGUAAAAAAAUGACAGGAAACAGUAAUUGAAAAGGCCAUUAUUAAAAAUUAAAAUUUGAAAAAAUGUCCUCCCAAGAAGAU